CACAACAGCAUGAUUCUACGGAAAAGCUUCAUGCGACUUUCGCAUCCAUUUUGCUCGCCUGCUAGACAAAUUACAUCAAGGAGAACAGCUAGCUCCUCAGCGUCGGCGACGAGCUUUCCCACCCCUCGAAUCCUACCCAGCAAUGUCUUGGUUGAGGAGGAAAAGGUUCCAGGAUAUCAACCCGAUUUUUAUUACCCAGCAAUUCCCGGGCAAGUCUUGAAGAGUCGAUAUAAAAUCCUGUCGAAGUUGGGUUGGGGCACGGGCUCUACUGUCUGGCUUGCUGAAGACCCCCAGAGCAUGCCUUCUCAGUACGUGGCACUCAAGAUCAACACCUCAAAUCCAGAGUACAAGGAUGCGAUCUUGCAUGAACUUGAGAUAAAUCAACGCCUGAUCAAAGCAUCGUCUCAUCCUGGCUUUGCGUUCGUCAGGGCUGCAAUUGAUUAUUUCAUGACUACUGGUCCCUCCGGAAAGGACCACUUAUGUCUCGUUUUCGAGCCUCUCAGAGAACCCUUGAAUCAAUUCCAGCACCGUCUAGCAGGAGACAGAAUUCCUCCUCAACUACUCAAAGUAUACGUCGAUUUCUUAUUACAAGGCUUAGACUGUCUUCAUUCCGAUUUCAAACUCAUCCAUACAGACCUUAAAGCAACCAACAUACUACUGUCUUUCGAGGAUCUCAGCGUGAUCGAAGAAUACGCAGCGGCUCAAGCUGACCAUCCAAUGCCGCGGAAAAAGGUUGGCGACCGUAGUAUAUUCCUAUCACACAAUGACUUUGGCACUCUGAAGUCGUAUUGGAUGAUACCGAAAAUUGUGGAUUUCGGCCUCGCUCACAAAGGUGAUGGAAAAGAACCUCUCCGCCACCCCAUUCAGCCAGCCCUCUACCAUGCCCCAGAGGUGCUACUUGGAGCUCCAUGGUCUUAUAGCGCCGAUAUCUGGAAUCUCGGUGUCUUACUUUUUGAGCUACUAGAAGACAAAGAACUUUUCACCAACCUCAAAUCUCAAAACAAUACGUACACGGCUCGAGCACACCUCGCAGAAAUGAUUGCACUCUUUGGACCACCACCCCAGAAGAUGAUUGAUCUUGAGAGCGUCUGGACGGAUGUCUCUUGGGAACGAUCGUUCCCAAAUGCCGACGGUAAAUGGUGCGAUAAGGCUUCCGCUUACUACGGAGGGCCAUUUUUCGACUUGCAUGGUUCCUUUACCCACCCGGAUCUGGUCCAACUUUCCGUUAAGCUCGAAGACUGUGUGACGUGUAUGGAAGGAGAGGAGAAGGCUUUGUUCAUCUCCUUUGUCAGGAGAAUGCUGAAAUGGUUGCCUGAGGAGAGGGCCACUGCAAAGGAACUCCAAGAUGACCCUUGGUUACAAUCGGGACUUUGAUAGAGACAGGGUAGAAUUCGAUAGGAUUAAGAGCAAGAGAUCUUGCUGAUAGGUCACGGACAGCUUGACGGCUCACAAGCAGCUAUGACACCAAGACAUGUGAAGGCAGGAGAGUUUUACACUCUCGUCCAUCAAGAUUUGAAUCGACUCAAUCGCGGCUGACAAUCCUUCACCCACCAAAUCAUCUUACCGAUAUCGAAAAUGACACUCUUGAACUGCAGAACACGGAAACACCGCUGUGCUGGGUGGGAAAAGGCGGCUCGUCAAUCAAAUGCAAGAGAACUUCGAGUCCUUACCCCAUCGGAGUGCUUAAAUCACCUCUUGAAUGGUCUUACUUGCUUAUGGCCGAACCUGUCUGGUAGUCAGAAUACACAUCAAACUUGGCUGCAAUUUCUUACUUCGCAGUCGCUAGUCCUCGAUAUUGUCGAACAGAAGGAUGGACAGCUCGUCAGGUUUUGAAAUUCAGAAUUCAAACACGGACCCAAUUUAGAUUGAAGAUGGUGUAAGGACAUCCCCUUGGCAAAUAAAAUGAAAGAAUUAAUCAACUAUCGUU